AUGAAGUUCACCACUUCCAUUGUCGCCCUCGGCCUUGCCGUCCAGGCUAUGGCCACCCCUACUGUCGUCGAACGCAAGGCCACCUUGGCCCAGCGUGACCUCGCUGCCUUCCAAUCCGUCCUCUCCGGCAUUCAGGAUCAAGUCAAGAGCUUUGACACAGCUAUCACCGGCUACUCCGGCGGUGACACCACCGCUUUGCUCGCUGCCGCCAGCAAGAUCACCACCACCACCAACAGCGGUGUCUCUAGCCUCUCCAGCGAGGCGACACUCUCUGAGAGUGAUGCUCUUCAGCUCACCUCUCCCGUCCAGGACUUGACCAGCACCAUCAACACCGCCAUCAGCGACCUGAUCUCCAAGAAGUCUCAGCUCGUUGCUGCUGGUCAGGGUGCUACUGUUGAAACCAACCUUCAAGGACAAUACGAUGCUGCCAAGAAGCUUGCCGACACCAUCUCUGGAAAGGUUCCUUCCGCCCUCUCUGGUGUUGCCGCUACUCUUGCCUCUGGUAUCACCGCUGCCAUCCAAAAGGGUAUUGAUGCCUUCAAGGGCACUGGCGGCUCUACUGGCUCUGCUACCUCUGCCACUGCCACUGCCACCUCUGCUCCAGGCAGCACUGCUCCCGCCAGCACUGCCCCCGGCUCCACUGCCCCAGGCACCACCGCUCAUGGCAGCACUGCUACUGCCUCUGCUACCUCUCCUGCUGGCUCCAGCUCUGUUGUUCCCGGCUCCGGCACUGCCACUUCCUCCGGCCUCGUUCCCGGAAGCGGCACCACUGGUACCUCCACCAGCCCUGCCUUCACUAACCUUGCCUCCGGCAACAAGGUCAACACUGUCGGUCUCCUGGCCGCUGUCGCUGCUCUUUUCGCUUUUUAA